AUGCCUCUUCAAGGCAAGUCAGCCGGGCUCGCCCUGAUGCGCAUCUCCCUCCUGCUCCUGUCGCUGUUCCAGCUGGCCUCGGCAGCCGCGGCGCCGGUUAUCUGCGGCGCCGGCUUCUGCGACCAGCUUGCCGGAGCAUCUGGCGCCGGGGCCCCCUCGCCAGCAUCGGAUGCCGAGAUGGAUGCCUUCGCGCGGCCCGGGACCCUGCCCAGCUUUGCCAUCCAGUCGAGCCGCCCUCCUUUAGGCCGGGCCGCCCGCCCCGAUGUGCCCGAUGGCGACUGGCCCCAGCCCGCGGUGGGCUCCCUGCACUCGCCCUUCCUGCCGCACCACCGGGCCCAAUUCUCGGCCAGCUCCCCGUCAGUGGUGCCGUACGACUCCGGGCGCGUGCUGCGCCGAGCGGGACUGGGGGCGGCCGGGGCGGCCCGCGCCCGCCCGCACACCCGGCGCGACCGCGAGCCGGGCACGCGCGGCUCCCAUGCCCCGAGCCACGGCCACCCCCCACCCGGCAGUAAGUCCAUUCUCAUUUGGCCGAAGGGUGCGCGCGGCCCGAUCGUCAGCAGUGACCCGGUCGCCGCGCAGCCCUUCGAGCCCGUGCAGGCAUAUGGUCCACGGGCCACGCCCCCCGCCAGGGCGAGUUCCCCUGAGGGCCAUCGAACACGGCGCUCGCUUCCUCGUGGCGAGGAAACCAUGCGCACGCAUGAUUUCUUCCUGCUCGGCCCCGAUGGCUUGAUUCGCCGGAUCUUCCCGAACGCCGGUCGCCGGGGUAAGGAGCUGACCCCCGGCGAGGGCGCGGAAGCGCAACAGCCGGCCAGCGUGGCCCCGGUUCAGCAAGUCAAGGACACCAUCGCCGACCAUGGGGCGACCUACGGGCAGCAGCCCCAGCAGCACUACCAGCCCCCGCCAAUGCCGCCCACCGUGCCGGGGUAUCCGGGAUCGGGCUCCGCCCCGCCGAACACCCUUCUCGGGCCGCCGCUGGUCCCGCCGAUGCCGCAACCCAUGGUUCCGGGCGCCGUGCCCCGGGCAGCUCGCUUUGUCGGUGUGCCGGCCGAGCCGCCCCCGUCCCUGCCACCCGGGGCCUUGCCCCCCGGGUCCCUGCAGCCGAAGCUGAUGGCCAGUCCCUCGCCGCCUGCCGAUCGGCCGGGCCCGGGGAAGCUGGUCAAGGUGCUGGUGCCGGCCAAGCCCAGUGCCCCUCCCAGCGUCCUGCCGCCGGGCUCCGCCACUCGAUCUCCGAGCAAGCCCACCAGCCAGCCUGCUCAGCCUGCCAAGCAGGGCAGCCAGGCCGGGCAGCCGGUCAAGCCCACCGGCCAGCCGAGCAAGCAAACCGGCCAGCCGAGCAAGCAGUCUGGCCAGCCAAACAGGCAGCCAGGCCAGCCGAGCAAGCAGAUCAACCAACUUGAAUCGCCAAGCAAGCCCAUUCGCCCCUCUGGACAGCAGCAGCAGCAACAGCAGCAGCCGCCGCCGCCGCCGCCGCCGCCGCCGCCAUCGUCGCCGCCACUCGACCCCACCAGUGGGAGUCCCCCCGGCCGGCAGUUUGCCCCGGCCGAUCCCCCGGCACAUGGCCCCCGGGCCGGCAACGGCGAGGCAACCUGGCAGGACCCCGCGGACUUUGGCGGCUCCGGUCUCGACUGCAGUCACACGGCCACCCUUGCCCGGCGGCGCACGCUGGACCAGGAUUGCGGCGCCCGUGCCCAGGCCCCGGUUAUCCCGCCGAGAUCGGUCGCCGGCGGCGGCGGGGUGGGCCCCUCGGCCGAUGAGCUCCUCCGCACCGCAGCCCAGCAGGCCCUCCGCCGGGCGGCGCUCCAAUGCUCGCGGCCCUGCUUCGAGGCCUUCCGCGAUGAGACCCGGUGCAUUGUCCCCUCCAAGUACCCGCGCCUGUGUGGCGAGGCGCUGGCCGGAUAUGUUCGACACUGCAUUCGCACGGCGCCAGCCUCCUACGCGGCCCUCCUGCCGUCGGACGAUGCCGAGCUCAAAUGCGACCGCAUCGGCGGGUCGUACAUGCGGGGCGGAGGGGACUGGCGCGGACGCCGGAGCGAUGCCAUGCACCGGGGGCCUUCUCGGCCAAAUGCCGCCAGCCACCUCCCCCGGGCCAGCCCCCCGGCGGGGGCCGUCUACGCAUCGCUGCUGGCCGUGUUGCUGGCGCUCAUCGCCUUGGGCUGA